AUGAAUAUAUUUGCAAAACAAUUUCCCUCUUCUAUAUUCCCUUUUCAGAACAUAAAAGAAAGCUUUGUUCAGAUACAAGCAGAUCUCGAUUAUCCUAUCAGCGGAAUUAUAAACAAUUUGAACAAUCGCAACACGAAACACAAACAACACACAUCUAUCAACACUAGCCAAAUUCAUCAGCAAACUGAAAUAGCACACAUAUUACAACCCACCAUUCGAAUACUUCAAUCAGCCACCGAUAAAGUUAUCAAUAAAAGCAAAAAAAUCAUUUUGCAACGCCUCCCGGAAAACAAUACUUCCAAAAUGAGACACGAGGAUUCUACUAAGAAGAAACGCAAACGAAAAGAAACAAACAAAAGCAUUAUAAACGCGCCCAAUACAAAGUCAAAGAAAGAAAAGAACAAGAAUAAUGGUAGCGCUAACACUAAAGCUAAGCCUUCGGAAGGUGCUAUCAAGAAGUGUAAAACUAAAAGACCGAAGGAGGGAAAAAUGGACCACAUGGAAUAUCUGAUGAAACGUCGCGAGCUUGGGGACACAAAUGCGCUUGUCGUUGCCGAUAAAACUGCCAGAUCAAACGCAGACAAGAAAAUGGAUAUCUAUAGUCAUAAACUAAACCCUGCAGAUUGGAAGACAGCGUAUCAACAGAAAUAUUAG